GUUGAUUGUUAUGGUAUCACGUGAUCAUCUGUGAUGGCGAGCUCCGUGAUGGCUUCUUUGGCAAGCAGUAUGGAGCGCCAAGCUGGUCAGCUUACAAACACAAGUUCGAGUGACAGUGUCAGUGGCAAGAUGCAGAUAUCCUGUGAGCAAACAGAAAUCAACAGCUCUUUUCCAAAAAGAUCGACUGAAGCAGGUGAGGCACAUGAUGUCAGCAGACUCAAAACAGAGGAAGAUUUGAUUGACAGCGUUUUUCUGAUGUGUGAUGUCAAAAAAGAGGGAGAAGUGGAUGUCUCUAUGCUGUUAGAGCGUAUUCGGGAAAUAGUGGCAUCUGAACAUGAGAAUUCAGGAGAGCUGCAUAAGCUGCGAGGAAUUCUUCAUGCAUACUGUGUCAACAAUAAAAUUAGCAUGUCUAAUUACAAGUCUGGCAUCAAACACUGGAUACAACAACAAAGAAUGAGUUAUAGUUGUGACGAUGUGGGCAACAUCUCUCAAGUGUUGCCACCAGAUAUGCACAACAUUACUUAUGGCUCAAUUGAAGACUGUGCUGAAGAUAAACAUAGCUACAACUCUGAUCUUUUGACCAGGAAUGCGGACCUAGAGUUUAGCAACGCUAGGCUAUCUGAAGUGAAUAGUGAGCUGGAAGCUCAAAUCACCGCCACGGAACAGAUCAACGUUAUGCUGUCUAACGACUUGGAAGCCGUGAGAGUGCAGUAUCAGAGUUCUCAGAUGGAGCUGGACAAGCAGAAGGUGAUCGAAGAAGAGAACCAGGAGCUGAAGGUGAGGCUGGCCGAGGUCGAGGAGCGGAGGUCGUUGAUAGAUGCAGAGUUGUAUCAGCUGCGCAAGGACGUGUCGACGCUGGAGAAGAACAACAGGAGGCUAUCUGCAGACCUGGAUUCUCAGGAUAAGGAAUUGAUGGGAUAUGACGUUAGCAAUGGAAAGUUAAAGGCUGAUUUCACAACACUUCAGGCACUUCAUCAACAAACUAAAGCUGAUCUGGACAAGCGGAGGGAGGAUUUAGAGCAGUGUGAAGCCAGAAUUGAGCAGCUGCUGGACAGUGUUGAGAAACUGAUUAUGGAAAAAAAAGACCUAGAAGAUUUGUUGAAAUAUUACACUGACAGAGAUGAAUGUAGUAUGGAUAGGGCGGAUAGAAGUCUGUUGGAGAACGAUAGGAGCCACACUUCAGUUGUGUCUAUGAUGCUGGAAUCCGAAAACAAACUCGAGGGUGUAUGUUGCAUGCCAUCCCUACGAAUGGAACUUGAAGAUUUUGUACGGAGGAACCAGGAACUGCCGUCACCAUUUUGCGAGAAGCCAGCUGAUUCUGGCAAUGUCUCCCUCGAUUCUUCGUCGACACACUCUUUGGCUCCUCUCACGCCGGAGGCCAUCUCGCAAGGACGGAGAGAGCUGAGAAAUGAUGUAAAGCGUACAGUUUUUGAACACAGUCAAGAAGUAAGAUUGCCGGAAGCUGUGGGCGUGAUAGAGAAGCCUAGCGAUGAACUGAAUUCAAGUGUCUGUGAUGACAACGACAGCAAGGAAGGACCCUGUGACCAAUCAGAGGUGCUGAGUACACGUAGCGAUGAUGAGUCAAAGGCGGGACAACGCGGCAAUGACGAAGACAAGUCGGCAUCGCGCGGUGAUGCUGAGAAGCUUUCGUGCAGCGACGACGAGGGAGGGACAGCUCUGCUACAUAGCAACAACAACAACAUGGAUGCAGUGUCACGCUGCAACGACGAAAGAGGGACAGCUCUGCUACAUAGCAACAACAACAACAUGGAUGCAGUGUCACACUGCGACGACGAGGGAGGGACAGCUCUGCUACAUAGCAACAACAACAACAUGGAUGCAGUGUCACGCUGCAACGAAGAAGGCAAGACAGUCGCGUGCGGCCAUGACAAACGCAAUAAUGCGGCAUGCAGCGAUGAUGAUGAUGCCAACGACGGGGCAUGCGGCAAUGACAAAGACAAUAAUGCGGAAUGUAGCGAUGACGACGCAAACGCCGUGGCAUGCGGCAAUGACAAAGUCAACGAAGUGGCGUGUGGUGAUGACAAAGGCAAGUCGGUGAGCCAUGGCGAUGGCAAGGGCAUGAAAGGGCUUCUGUCCCGCAUAUUGAGGGUGAUCGAUGUUGGCACGGCACUGCGCAUUGCCUGCCUCCUGCUCGUGGCUGGCUACCUCGCAUGGCUGUGUCAGGGCAAUGGAACUCGUCUCAUCAUGAGCCAUGUCCGGCUGACACAGUACGGUCCGCAUCCCAUUUAGAUCAGACCAUGCAUUGUCCGACGAUGACCCUGCAGUGAUGAUCGAUUUGACUACUAAAUGAUUAUCAAUAUGCUCUUAUUUCCUGUAAAGUGGAAGCUUUCAUACCGUAUAUAUGGCUCCUUAGAGAAGCAAGUGCUCUUGAAUGUGAGAUUUUUCAAAGUGAUAUGUUAAGCAGGCCUGCAUCUCAAACUAUUGCGAGUUCAAAGUAUGCUCUUGUUUAGGUUGACGAGGUGAUUAGUAAUAAGCUAUGUAUGUUAGUAUGACUAUUAAUUUAAUAUAUAACAUGGUACACUGAGUGCGCUUAGUAUCACUGUUAGUUUGAAGCUGUGUCAAAUUACAGUGGAUGUACAACUUGGUUUUUUCUAACUAUAUUAAUUUUUGAAGAUCUGUAAAGUUUUUAUGUUGUAUAAGUUUUUGUAUUACUCCAAAUAUAACACUUUAAGUAUUAAUUCAUUGUAAUUUAUUUUAUUUAGCAUAAGAGGUUUAACGUUUAAUAUAUUAAAUACUAAAGUGCAUAGUUCUACAAAGGGCAUUGCGUUUUCUAAUAACAAAUGACAACAAAUUGACGCAUAUAAUGCAUAAUUUAUUUUGUAAUGAAAAUAUUAUUUUCUAAACCGUAAUAAAUGUAAAAAAUAUAAUUUAAA